AAUUGGCAGCCAUUUAUGAAAAAGGUCUAUAACAAGUCUAAAAUUGAGAAUAUGAGUGAAUGAUUCUUUGUGAGCAUUUGUGAGCAUGUGAGCAGUGCUUUUAGUUUUGUGAGCACAAGCAGUGAUCAAAUUUCUCAUGCUAGAAGCGAAUAAUUUAAGAAAAUGCAGAUGGCGAGCAACGAGAAAUAGUAAUAUUUCCACUAGCCGGAAUCUCUCUUUUGUUAAAAAGUUAGGUUGUUUUGCACCAGGUGAUCUGGCUGACACCUCCAAAACAGGACAAUAGGUGCACAUCGUGGUUCAACCAAUCCCAGCAGCUUAUAGCCAAUUAUGCCUUGCUUGAUGCCAAAUUACAGUAUGUCAUGAAGCUUCACAUGAGUCAGGGAGUUUCAGUGGGUGGAUGCCCAAGAAGAUCUAAUGCUUUCUAACCCGACGUUGUGAGCAACCACGAGAAGAAGCUAAAAGUUACCAGACUUUGAAGUGUUGUGACAUGGAAGGUUUCUUUCGGUUAUAAAAUUCUUAGGUAAUGUAAACAAUGUGGCAUUUUAGUCUAACAAGCAUAUUGAGUUUCGGUUUUCAAUGAUCAAUAAACUGGCUUCUCAUUGAUUGACUCGAAAAAUAUUCAAUGCAAUGAAACUUCAUUUGGAGGCUUCUAGGAUCUAACCAAUUGAAACCGUACAGCUCUGACAAGCUCGAAGGGUCAAAUACAUAGUAAUAGUAAUAGCCUUUAUAAAUAUCUCAAGAUUACUUUCUACCUUUGCAGGUGACUUUCGCGAAGGAUUCUUAUGUGCAUCAGCCUCAAUAUAAAAACGUCAGCAAAACAUGUGCAUGUUUCUCCAAUGCUUCCUAGUUUCGCCAUACAGGAAUCAAGUACAUUUUAAUGAGAAUCUGAGCAUGCGAGCACUUGCAAAAAUUUGCAAGAACAAGCAAGCAAGUUUGAGCAAGUGAGCACUUAUCUAAUUAAUUUCUUACGAGCAAUUCGAGCAAAGGCCAAAUUUUGCGAGCACUUUUAAAUUGAAUGGGACUAUUCGAUACCCCUAUUAUGAAACCUGCAAAGGACUACUGGUAAUAUACAUGUAGGUGGCAUAUUGUUAUAUAAACAUGUCAUUAUAUGAUCACGUUGCUCCAAUUAAUGCACUGAUUCCUUGCAGAGAGAAACAAACAAAAACAACGAUGUUCAUUUCUUGUUUGUUGAUCAUUCAGUCAUCAUCAGAUCAUCCUAACCCUUACCCUGAAGAAAGGGUACCAGUGAUAACAUGGCAUUUGGAUUGGACAAAAAAAGUUCUGAAGAUUGAAGAGGCAGAGUUUUCUUGUCAUGAAUGUCAGUUGCUGUUGAAUCUGUCAAGAUUGCUCAACUUCUUUUUGAUGUUAGAUAAAUCAACAGACAACACUAAGCUUUAUUCUCUAGCUUCUCACUUCUGUCAAAUAAAUGGAUACUCAUCACAGUCAGGGGAAGAUGAUUUCAGGUUACUUCAGCAAGCUGUGUCUAUGACUCAUUCACUUCACGUGCUAACAAAAAACAUGCCUGAUUUGACUAUUCUCGGGCCAAAUGGCAAAUCAGUGAGAUUAGAGUCUGUGGAUGAGGUUGUGGAAUAUCUACUUCAAGCCCUAGUUCCUAAUUCAGUUCAAAGUUCUACAUCAAAAGUAGAACAAACGAAAACUAAAAAUACAAACUUGAUGGCGCAAGCAAACACCACCCAGCAAGUAUAUGACACUCUGACGGAGGUCAAACUGAGCAGUAGGAAGAAGAAAACAAAGGGAAUGGCCCAGGGAUGUCUUGCUAAUGCACAUCACACAAGCAACAAUGAGGAACUUGAAGAAAGUGGUGUCUUCAUGGACAGAUCAGAGAGACCAGCGAGGAAACGUCUUGUUUUAUCCGAGAAGAGGAAGAAUAAUUCGGCUGGAAAAGUGAAACUUGGCAAAAAGAGGCGCUCCUUACCUGUCAUGAAACUUGAUUGACAUGAUGAGCUCUUGUGGAGUUCCAUCGCUUUGAGAUAGAAAGGCAGUUGAAAAAAUCUGAAGUAAACAACGAAAGAGAACUUCAGACUCAACUCAGUCGCUAGAUACAGAGUCGUAUCAGCUUAUUCUCGUUAAGUUUCCGAGUAGCUCCCAAUUUUGCCUAGUAACAUCCCUGCCGAAAGCUGCUGACUCAAUAGACCUUUUUAGCCUGGGCGGUUUGUUGCCCGUGAUGCGGCGCUUAUUAACAUUUCUGCUCUAAAAUGCGGCGUUUUAUUCGAGGGCAGCGUUUAAUCGAGUAAAUACGGUAAUUAUGCAAUUACGUAAUUAUGUAAAUUUGGUAAUUAUUAUAUAGGUUUUUACAUUCCCAUUUAUUUUUAUAUUUGUAUGCUAUUUUAUAUUUUACUUGAACUUGAAAAUGACCUACAGGAGAGGUCGAAAAGUCGUUUGUUUUAUUACCAAAUUUUUAUCAAAGAAACUUCAUAGUAAGAAUAAUUUUUAGAUGAACAAAAUAACAAUUCUCAAGAGAAUAUGACGUUGUCUGUAACGGGAAAACAAACCACCCAAUCUGGAAAGGUCUCUCAUUCAUGUUAUUAUAGUUUUGACAUUCGUUUCUUUGACUAAACCAUGAAAGAAGCCUGCUUCUGUUACGAAGAAGGAUUAUUGUCGACGAGUUGAAUGAUUAACGCUGAAGCUUAACGAAUGGCCUCAAAAAAAUUAUUUGUGAAGUCGAGAAGACGUUUACGGAGUGGAUUAUGGUCGGAUUGUUCCUCGCAGAAAAAGUCAAGAAAAUGUUCGCGCUCGAUGAUAAUGGAAAAAGAAACGUGUUGCGUGAUGUUUAGUUGUUGUCACACAAAUUUGAUGCCGUUACAUCGAAUGAUUAUGUGGUCAAUACUAAGAACUUACACUUGAAUUACUCUCGUGUGGGAUCUAUAUUAUCAAUUUUAAGGAUUUUUUUUUAUCAAACUAUUUACAGGUGGAACGAUCUGACUAUAUUGUAGAACGGUCUGACCAUGGGACGUUAGACCGUUUCCCUGCAUUACCUAUAGUAUCCCCACGCGUGCUGCAGAAAGUAAACCGAUCAGUGAGCUGUGGUUAUAAAUGCCAGUUUAUUUUCAAUGAAAGAGAUAUACAACUGUCAACCUGAACAUUAUUUGAAAACACUAGCUAUUAAACAUGGUUACAUUCAACGUUGUCGUUAUAAAA